AUGAGUGCGAGCGACACCUACGUCCUGGUAGAGGCUCGGCUGCUGACCAGUUCGGGACUAGCGUUGACUCCGAUCGAUAGAUACGAUGUGUCGAUGAGUGCGAGCGACACCUACGUCCUGGUCGAGGCUGGGCUGCGGACCAGUUCGGGACUAGCGUUGACUCCAAUCGACGAUUGCUUUGGAAGCGGAGGGCGAGUCUUGAGCGGCGAGUGGCCAACGGUUGCAGCGGUUGAUGUCCGACUACAGCGUGCUCUCGAUAUGAAUUACGAUACGAAUCGAUCCGCGAUGGCAUCGAUUGUAGUGUUGAUCCAAUCCUUGAAGGCAUCGGUCGAUAACGAAGAGACGAUUGAGAGCGACGAGCAGUUCAGUAGCGCUCGAGAGACAAAGAGUUUGUUGAGACAAAGGGUCGGUGAUAUGUUUGAGGUAAACACGGGUACAGUGACAGCGGGCCGGUGCGCGGGUGACGUGUUUUUUUCGGCCAACGCUUAUGUGGCCGACGAUCAGUACGGGUGCGCCGGAGACAAAGGCGCCGCCACUUUAACCAUGCGCUACAUCGACGCCCGACUGACCGGACCCAAGUGUGGCGGCCAUUGCAGUCUAGAAACCGCAUACAAAGGGGAAACAGGCAUAACGUACCGGAGCUGCACUCCCAAUAGCGACACUUACCGUAUUGUCUCGUAUGGUGUGGCCCACCUGUCCGAUGACUUGCGCGCGCCGCCGGCGACACAACACAACACAAUACAAUACAAACUUAUAAGCAAACUAUUUAUUGUCAAUCACUAG